UUUGUGAUGUUGUUAUCCAGUAUCAAGUCACAUAACCUCAAAUUUGUUUAGCGGAUUAGUAUUUAUAUCAUUAUAUAGCGAUAGUAAUGAACAAAUUAAAAAUAAAAUCCAAACAAUGAGAUUUUUUUCGUGAAAAUAACCAUUUUUUUCUUAAUUGUAAGACCACGGAGUUUUGAAACGAUGACUAGAUUUUUAGAUGUAAAUUUCCAUACGAACGUCUAGGAUUUGUAAUUAAAAGACUAGGGCGCCUGAAAGCUGUUAUUUUUUUUCAGUUAACACACGAUUCUUAUACUUAUUUUUAUCAUUAGUGAAAAGUGCGAGCCUUCUAGUCAUCUAGCUUUUUAUGGAAAAACACAAUCUUCGAAAAUUCUAAUAAAUAGAACUGUGUAGUGAAAGAUUAUUUAUUAAUUAUUAUAAUCAUGAAUUCCAAAGAAAAUAUGGUUCCAGCAAAUAAAAGUUCGAUCAACGCCAAACCAUAUGGAAAAAUAGUAUUGACAUUACAGAAUUGCCUUUUGCCAGAAGAAAAACUUAAUUCAACACCAUCCCGAUUAGACGGAUUAGAUGCGGAAACUGAAACUGAUUUACGAAUAUUAGGAUGUGAACUCAUACAAACUGCUGGAAUAUUAUUGAAAUUACCUCAGGUCGCGAUGGCUACCGGUCAAGUUAUAUUUCAAAGAUUUUAUUACAGCAAAUCCCUAGUAAGGCAUAAUAUGGAAACUACUGCUAUGGGUUGUGUUUGUUUAGCGAGUAAAAUUGAAGAGGCACCAAGAAGGAUCAGAGACGUAAUCAAUGUUUUUAAUCAUAUAAAACAAGUGUCAAGUCAGAAGCCGAUUCAGCCGGUAAUACUGGACCAAAACUACGUAGCUCUAAAAAAUCAAGUUAUUAAAUCUGAACGACGAGUUUUGAAAGAAUUAGGUUUUUGUGUUCACGUAAAACAUCCACAUAAGAUCAUUGUGAUGUAUUUACAAGUAUUGGGCUAUGAAAAAAAUCGAUCUCUUAUGCAGCAAUGUUGGAAUUACAUGAAUGAUUCACUACGUUCAGAUGUAUUUUUGCGUCAUCAACCAGAAACAGUUGCUUGUGCCUGUGUUUACUUAGGCGCCCGACAGCUUCAGCUUCCGUUGCCUACACAGCCACCUUGGUUUGCUCUAUUUAAAGUUAAUGAAUCAGCAAUUAGAGAUGUUUGUCGACGUAUACUGAGGCUCUACACUCGACCACGUAUACGUUCAGAGCAACUGGAAAAAAAAGUUGAAGAAUUACGGCGACAAUAUGAAGAAGCUCGAUCUAAAGCUCGUGGUGAUGUUGAAGGACAUACACCUAGUCCACCUCUUCCUAAACACCACAAUGCUUGGGGUGGAUUUAUUAGUCGAAGUGGAACACAUGCAGUUCCGGAAAGAGUUAAAUCUCCAAGGCGUUUAAAAUCAGCAAAUAAUGCUUCAUCAUCUAUCCAACGAAGUGAAAUAACGAAACAUAAUAAACGAAAAAAGCAUUCGAGUAGAAGCAGAUCCCGAAGCCAUAGUCGUGGCCGUACCCGUAAAACAAAAAAAACACAACGUCAUAGGACUGGCAGUCAUAAGUCUCGUAGCAGAUAUAGAUCGCGUAGCUAAUUUUUACUUUAUCAUUUGGGUUAUAAACAAUAAGUCAUAGAUUGUUAUUGCAGUUAAAAUAAGUAGCGUACAUUUUAAUAGUGAUAAAAUUAAUUAUAACUGUAAAAACUGUAUGAAUUGCUACAUUUUAUAAAAAUUACAAAUGUAAUUGAUUUUUAUUCAAGCAAUAAUAUUUAUCACAUUGAACACAAAAUUUGAAAAAAAAAAAAAUAAUAAUAAUAAUAAUCAGUAACUUGAGAAGAAUUUUUUAGUUGUUUAUCGAAACAUGGCGCAAUGUGAAAGACAUUCUCCCAAAGCUGCCCCCACUUUUUUCAAAAUCAGUAACGCUGUCUAGAGUCGGAAUCCAGAACCAAAAUAAUGAAAAUUUAAUUUAAUCAUUGAAAUAAUAAAAACUCUAUACUUCAAGGCAAAUUAGAUUCAACUAGAUGCUAAGAAGAAUCAUAUCAAAUGAGAAUUGAACUAAUGUAGGUUAAACACGGGACAAAACAUAAUAUUAAUGUUUUUUUUAAACAAAUAAAACGACAAUAGAAUAAUUUAUUAGUUUAAUUAAUAUUUUACAAUUUUUUAUUUAUAAAAAUGGCUUUUAAAUUAAUUGCUAAAUUUUUUUUCUGUGAUAUUUUAUUUUGGUAGAAGAAAAUUAAUAAAUUCGUGUUUUCGGGAAGCAAGCAGUUCCGUUUAGAACUUAUGAUAUUUCCGACUGUGGAAUAAACCCUUUCAGAGGGUGUGCUUGAUGCUGGAACAGCUAAAAAUUUUCUCGACAGUCUAGCCAGUAGAAGAAACUCAUGGCGUUUCGAAUGUCACCAAUGAAGGCGAUUAUCAUUAUGAUGAAUAUUUGGCUCCAUUUUGAAGCUAUUGAUUUUUCUUUCAUAUACAUCAUUCUGGUGAUUUGAAUUAUCGCUUUCAAAGCUUACCAUUCUCUCAAAACUUUGAGAUAUGGCUACCUUUUAGAGAUUAUAGUCAACGGAAAUUUUGAAGAGACAUCAGUAGUUGCCAAUAAAAACAAAAGAGAAAAGGACUUAGAUUAUCUUUUCAAUUGUGAGGUAGCCAUAUUUCGAAGUUUUGAGAGAAUGGUAAGCUUUGUAAGCGAUAAUUCAAAUCACCAGAAUGAUGUAUAUGAAAGAAUAAUCAAUAGCUUCAAAAUGGAGCCAAAUAUUCCUCAUAAUGAUAAUCGCCUUCAUUGGUGACAUUCGAAACGCCAUGAGUUUCUUCUACUGGCUAGACUGUCGAGAAAAUUUUUAGCUGUUCCAGCAUCAAGCACACCCUCUGAAAGGGUUUAUUCCACAGUCGGAAAUAUCAUAAGUUCUAAACGGAACUGUUUGCUUCCCGAAAACACAAAUUUAUUAAUUUUCUUCUACCAAAAUAGAGACAUCACAGAAAAAAAAUUUAGCAAUUAAUUUAAAAGCCAUUUUUAUAAAUAAAAAAUUGUAAAAUAUUAAUUAAACUAAUAAAUUAUUCUAUUGUCGUUUUAUUUGUUUAAAAAAAACAUUAAUAUUAUUUUUUGAGCCUGUCUGUUAAUAAAAAAUCAUUAAAUAGCUUAAAAAAAAAUUAGCCGUUUACCCGGUUAGCUGUUGGCUGAGCUAAGCUAGAUUAAACGGUUAAUCCGCCAGCUAAUUAGCUAAGCUAAUUUAGUUAACCGGUUAAAUUAGCCAAGCUGAUCGGUUAGUUAGCUAAUCAACUUAACUAACUUUUUUAGCCGGCUUAACCGGCUAAAUUGUACAGCCCUAGUAAAAAUGCAGAUAAAGAUUCUUUGAGAAAUUUGAUUCUCUACAAAAAAGGUUCUCUUAGUUGAGUGGCUCAAGUUCUUCGUUCAUGUGAAAUAGCGUUUAUAUUAAUUUUGUAAACAAAAUAUUUGUCAAAAACGUUUCCGACGCUUAUCAAAUUUAACCUUUCUUAUUUUUAUGAAUGGCUUGAAUGAAUAAAAAGAAAAUUAUUUACUGAUUUAAAAUUAAAAUUUGAAGGCAUUUGAUUGAAUUUUUAAAAAAAUAUUAUAUAUAUAAAGUUAAUUAACUCUCUGUAUCACGUGAACGAAUAACUUGAGCCACUUAACUGAGAGGACCUUUUUUGUAGAGAAUCAAAUUUCCUAAAAGCUCGUUAUCUACAUUUUUACAGUAAAUUUCGUUAUUUAGUCAAUAUCAACUAAAAAUCCAAAUUAUUAUUAAAAAAAUGAUUUUCAGAACCAAUACAGAAAAAAACAAUCAGAAUCUUAUUAAAAUUACUAUGGAGAUUUUUGCAGAGUAUUAAAUUACCUACAAAAUGCCGCAAACGGCAACCCGAUUGAAGUGCAGCUGAACUAUAGAGAAUUUUAAAAAAAUCCUAACUUUCCUAUGUAUUUUAAAUGGGAAAAAUUCAAAAUCAAAUGUAAAGUACGGGAAAUUAAAAUUAAGAGCUGAUUUUUUCAGAGAAUUUUUUUUUUAUGUCUACAACAAUAUUUUUGAAAUGGGAGUGGAAAAAUAAGUCGUUCUAAACAGACCACCCUAGUCAACAUAUUUAUAAAUGUACGUAUCAUUACUUACAUGUUACAAGUCAUACAACACUCUACAGAUAUCUCUCACUCGAAUUUAAUUUACAAAAUUAUGGAAUAAUUAUUGACUUAAAAAAUCUAAAUCAUUGAAGUACUUAUCUUGAUUUCUCGAGUGGAGACAAAUACUCGAUUUUCUAUGCAUGGAAAUAAUCUUUCUACAGAUCAUGAUCAAAAAUUUAAUUUUUAGUUUCGUGUUCAACCUACAUUAGUUUAACUUUCAUUUUAUAUAAUUAUCUUUAGCAUCUAGUUGAACAAAAUUUGCCUUGGAACAUAGAGUUUAUAUUUUUUCCGACGAUUAACUUAAAUUUUUAUUGUAUUAGUUGUAGAUUCCGACGCUAGACAGCGUUACUGAUUUUGAAAAAAAAAAAAAAAAAAAAUAA